CAGGCCUUGCCACAUCCCUCAAAUAUCUCUCGAAAACUCCAUAUAUCACCUAGCUGCUGCGUCCAUACGCAUAUAUAUACAGAUUUUGUUCCGCAACUACUCUCCAAGAGCAGCCCACAGUCACAGACAGCGGCGGCAGAUCCAAUAUUAUUCCAUAUUGACCAACCAUGAACAAUCUGAUAAAGAGUCAUGCCCUUUUCGAGAUCCUUAAGUCGCCCAUUCCGAGUCUCCAUUUUGCCAAGGGUGACGAGCCGGAGUCCGAGGUCUCAGGAGGCGCCGCCAAACAGCUAAAUGUCAACGCCCAGGAGUUCGUUCCGCGCAGCAAGCGAGAGCAGUCACCGAAAGUCGAAGGAACUGAUGUGACCGCCGAUUUAAAUUCUAAGAAAUGUAACGAGCAAAAACUAAAGACCAAACUAACGCUGCCCUGGAAGGGUUUCCCCAAAAAAUGCGAGAAAGCUUCUCGCAGUGCCCAGGUGGUAUUACUCAACGAUGUCGACUACAUGAUAGUGCCCCGCAUCAAGCGGGUGAAAAAGACGAAGGAGGACGGUAAGGUGGCGUCGGGCGAGGCUAAACCCGCUGAGGUUAAGGCCAAGUCGGCCAAGAAUGAAGAGCCAGCUCCGACGGCAGCCGCCCUGCUGAGUGCCCUGACGGCGGAAAAGCGCAUCGAUGCGGAGGAGAAGCGCCGCGAGCAGGAGCGGAAAGUUGCCUUGGAGGCGCUGAAGUUGGUGGAACAAAGGCGCCUACGAGGCCCCCUGAUCAGCCCCAAAGAAGCCAGCGAAGCGCCCGAAAAGGCCAAGCUGAUCAUACACCUCUCACGGUCGCCCGUUCGGUUUAGCCCUGAGGAGCGCCUCCGCGUGGAUCGUCUGAGAAUAGCCAAAAAGGAGCGGAUCGAACGGGUCCUGCGGGAGAUGAAGUCAGAGCUAGAGACGCAACAGGUGCAGAAGCAGAAAAAGAGCCUCACCCCGCCCAAGACCACCAGUCGAUGGAACAGCGGACUGAAGGAUCCGGAUAAGAGUACGGCAUCCACCAAGAGAUAUAUUCCGACAACCAAGGAGUGGGAUGAGCAGUGCCGGGUGAAGCACCUGGCGGACAUAGAGGCCGCCGACAACUAUAACGACUCGGAGGACGAGAACCGGAUGCCCAAUCUGGCACAUGCGAGGCUGGUGCAGCCGCUGGUCUCCUCGUCAUCGUACAACAUCCUGCCAACGCAGGUCAUAAAGUUGGAGGACGCGAAGGCCGCAGGGACGCCGCGAUACUGUCCGCCGUCCAAGCUCCUCCAGGGCGAGAAACGCAAGGGAAACCUCACCCAUCUGCGUCCCAUUCCCCACUGGAGUCCCCGACCCACUCCCCAGGGCCCGAUGGAGACGCUCAUCAACAAAAUUGGCAGAAUCGUGAAACGCUAUACCAUUGAUCAACUGCUGAAGUUUGAGCCCCAACCUGAGCAGCUCGAAAGGCCCGAUUUUCAGGAGUCUGCCACCCGACUGGGGUUUCUCUGCGACUAGCCCAUCUUGUUUGUUGAUUAUUAAUUGUGUUUCUACUUGCGAUUUAGUUUAUACUUGUUUGUUCGAUUCCCAUUCAGUUUCUUCGAGUUCCAACAAUUCUCUAUUAUAAUAAAAAUAAUUCCCACUCCUA